AUGCUGGCGGAUCUACCGAACAGUUCUCUCAGAAUGUACUUUUCAGCGUUAUCGGGAAGCUCGGAAUGCUUGCAAGUCAUUUACAAGCUGCUAGACUUAGCUGUGAGAUGGAGCUGGCUAACAGCCUCCGCGAAUCCCAAAAGAUUCUUUGCCUACCUCAAAAGGCGUAGUAACGUUGGCUCAUCUAUCCCAGUGUUAUUAGGCAGCGACGGCGCCACUGCCACCACUGAUCACGAAAAAGCAUGUCUACUGAGUGCGCAGUAUGCCGGAACUUUUGUUCAGGAUGAGCAAUUGCCGCAUCUUGACCUAGCAAUGACAGUCCCCCAGGACUCCUGUUUAACACACGUCACAAUUUCGGAGGCAAAAGUUCUCCAUCUUCUUCAGGCUCUAAAUCCUGCUAACUCCGCUGGGAUGGAUGAUAUUCACCCUAAGCUUCUGUACGAACUAGCAAGCGAGCUAUGUGGCCCAGUGACGCGUUUGUUUCAAUUGUCGCUUCGCAGCUGCUCCUUUCCUAAGGACUGGAAGGAUGCUAUCGUUUGCCCGAUUUUUAAAAAGGGCGACAAGCAUCUUGCCAAUUAUAGACCAGUAAGUUUGACAAGCGUACUGGUCAAGGUAUUGGAGAAGUUGGUCAGUGAUGUGCUUGAAGACCACCUGCGGGAGUAUGGUUUGCUCAGUCCACUGCAACACGGCUUUCGCAAGGGUCAUUCCUGUAUGACUAAUUUGCUAGUUGCACGCGAAUGUUGGGCGGAUGCUUUGGAUCGGGGUCAUGCAGUAGAUGUCGUGUUUAUUGACUUCUCCAAGGCGUUCGACACUGUAUCACAUUCUCUCCUUUCCUUGAAACUUCGGUCCUAUGGAAUAUCCGGGGGUGUACUAAAAUGGAUCACCACGUUUCUUGAAGGGAGAGAGAUGUGUGUUCGUGUCGGAUCUAGUCUGUCUUUCCGACAGUCAGUCCUCAGUGGGGUCCCUCAGGGUUCGGUGCUUGGCCCGUUGUUAUUUUCCUUGUACGUCAACGAGCUGCCCGAACUGUUGGAGGUACCAUCUCUCAUGUUUGCAGAUGACCUAAAGUUUUGGCACAUAGUGUCUGACUUCGAUGGACCCCAGACUCUGCAACGGGCCCUCGAUAAACUUUGGGACUGGGCUGCUCUGUGGCAGUUGCCCAUAAACUAUGCAAAGUGUUCCAUCUUACGAGUAGGGCCAAAUAGCCCCCAAACGCGUUAUUUUCUUGGCGGUAAUGAACUCCACCAUGUUACCCAGUUGGUAGACCUAGGGGUCACAUUGUCUUCAGAACUUAAAUCCAGUGAGAACUGGAGGAAAGCUACGUGUAAGGGUUUCAGAAUGUUGUGGAUGAUCCGCAGGGCAUUCGAGACCAUCACGGGCGCUAUGUUUGUUAGGUUAUUCUCAGCGUUUGUCAGGCCAUACUUGGAAUACUGUAUCCAGGCUUGUCCACCUUGCUUAGUCAGGGACAGGAUGUCAGUGGAGAGAAUGUUGAGAGUUGGAACCAAACUGGUCCAUGGACUGCGGAACCAUUCUUACCCAAAAAGGCUACUUGCGCUGGGAAUGUUCUCGAUGCACUAUCGUCAACAUCAAGGCGACCUAGUCUUGACCUAUCGUAUACUUACCGGUAAAAUCGGACCCGAUCUAUCCGGGCUUUUCCAACCGGCUCGACUUCCAUCGCUCCGAGGUCACUCGCUGAAGCAAACAAACCUCGAUCGGAUGGAGUCCGGACGGACUUUCGUUUAUCACGCCGAGUGGUGGAUUCCUGGAAUGCACUGCCCGAAAAC